AUGGCGGUGACUGCAGAGACUCGGCAUGUGGCUGUUGUGGCGCUGACCGGGGAGGUCGUCGUCCAAGCCGACGUGCUCGCCCUGCAAACCGUAGCAGAGCUGAAAAGCACGGUGGCGCGGCGACGCCCGCGCUGCGCGCCCUGCUGGCAGCGGCUGCUUCUGGAUGGCCGCGAGCUGCAGGAUCAGGAGGUCUUGGCUGACACUCUGCCGUCCGAUGAACCGGCCACCCUGCAGCUCGUUGUGGCACUCAGCCCCUGGGACUUGCUGCUACUCCGAAGGCCACAGAGCUGUUCCGUCGAGGAGCUGAGGCGGCGAAAGCUCCUCGGUGAGGCGAACUCCCUCUCGGCUUUCUGCGGCCCAGGCGACCUCGAGCGGCACUCCUUCGCAGUGGCCGCUGCCGAGGCGCUUGGCCGAGGUCAGAGCUCGGCCCUCGUGAAAAGACUCUUCGAGGAGCGUGAGACGGCCUUGACCUCCUCCGAGGCCGAGGACCUUCUCUACCAGCUUCGAGAAGACUUCGCCCGCUACACGGAGCGAUUACCGAACUUGCGAGCAGCGCUCUUGGAUCAGGUUCUGCGCCUGCUACCAGAAGGCGAUGUGCCAAAGAGCGUGCGCAUAAGACACUCGGCACAGGGAGAGGACCAAUCUGGACAAACAGAGUAG